ACUUUCCAGCGGCCGGUUUCGAUGUUUUUUGAUUUUCGAGAUCUUCCAUGGUUCUUGCGAGCUCGCAACCUGCGUACAAUCCAAAAUGGACGACCAGCGCGACCUCCUCCUCGACGUAGCAAUCAACGAGCCGGCCGCACCGCUGCAUAUCGCUGUCUCGCGGACGUACGCGGAGAAGUACACCAACGUCGUGAGCAGCCCGACAUCGGUCGCCGACGAACUGCCGGGCAUCGUCUGCCUCGGCUGCUACACGCAUGGCACCAAGGCGAUGCGUGACCUCUGCGUGCGCCAAGCGUUCUUGACGCAAGAUUUAUUGGCGUACCACCAUUUGCACGCGGGCAGCGACAGCAAUGACUUUGCGGUGCAGCUCGUCAUGACCAACGUCGUGCCAUGGACACACGUCGACGCGUACAAGGCGCUCGUCGAGCAGAGCGUGGUCGAGGUCGAAGGCGUCUUUGGCGGCCAAGCGCGCACGUACGCCGACGCUGGCGUCGCGGAGCGCAAGGCCGAUUUCUUCUGCGGUAUCGUCUGCCACUUUCCGUCACUGCAAGCAUGCAUCUCGUGGAUGUGCUGCGCCAACAACGCCGAGCUCAAGCUCGGUUGUCCGACGCUAACGCUGCAAAAGGCAACGUUUACGCUAAUUCCGGUCCCAAACGACGUGCCGCACCUCGACUCGUCGGCGUUCGACCCGAUCCACGGCAGCGCAAGCCCGACGUCCAGCGACGAAGUGUGCUCGAUUUCGUACGAAGAGUGCCUCGAGUUUGCACUCCUCGACAUGGAAGACUCGGAGACCGAGCCCGAGUCGCACUGCAGCCUCUACAGCUACGCUGGCAUCGAGUACCACGACAGCGGGGUGCCGGAGACCAACACGGCGGUCGCAUUGCCGUCGAUUACGAUGGCGACGUUUGUCGACGGCCAUGGCAUCCCGCUCGCGUUCAAGUCGCUCUACUACCGCAACAACAAGAAGGGCGGGAUCCGCAACAUGCGGUGUUUUCCGCAGUGCAAGCGGGGGGCCCACACGACGACGAGCUUUUGCGGCGACCUCCUUCGGCUCCAAGUCCACUUUAGCACCGAAGCGCGGCCCCGUAUAUUGGGCUUUGCCCGCUUUCGGAGUGCGAUGGACCACGCACCGCCGCUCCGCGCCGGCAUGGACUUGGACGCACGCAUGAUCACCGACCACCUCCGCUCCAAAGAGUCGCCGAAGGAGAUGUGGAUGCAGACCAAACCCGUCGAGUUUGUGUCGCCGACGCACGUCAUUUACGAGAUCCGUCCGUCCGAGCGCACGCUGUCGUGGCACUAUGGCUUCCACGGCCCGACGCCGCAGCUGCAGAAGAACCAUACGCAUUUUCUCGAAAUCGGCUUCUUUAUCGAGGCAAGCGACGGCCGACUGCGCUGCAUUGGCGCCGCGCAGACGCCGCAGUUCCGCGUCGCGUCGAGCCGCACGUGGGUCAAGGAAUAGCGUUUUGUUUGUCAUUUUGAGCGUUGAAAAGAGCUUUCUGUGUGUGUAUGUGGAGAAUCCUAUGCGGCGUCCACCGCCGCGUCCUCGC